AUGGCCGACUCCAACUACGGAGGCUAUACACGUUUCGAACUUGAGCUCGAGUUCGUCCAAUGCUUGUCCAACCCUCUCUACCUCAAUCACCUGGCAACGCAGAAGCUGCUGGAUGAUCCAGAGUUUGUCGCAUACCUCGCGUACCUUCAGUACUUUGCCGAGCCGAAGUACAUCAAGUAUCUGUCCUAUCCUGGACCCACUAUCCGAGCGCUCGAGCUUCUUCAACAAGAGAGAUUCAGAAAGGACAUCCUGAUCCCCGAGACAGUCGCCAGGAUGGCAGAGGAGGGCCUGCAGGCUAGCACCGAUGGUCUCCGCCGCGACUGA